ACACUACGCAUACCACGCAGCAUCCUUAUAUUCUCUUGAUACACGCCCACUCUGUCACGCACACCUGCAAUCCAUAAUGGAGGACAUAAUAGCCACAAUUAUCCUCAUCUCCGCUGUUUAUUUCUUUGUCAAAUGGCUCGUUGGCACCAAGUCAGGAAAUACCUCGGAUGGCGGAAUACGCGGUGUUACACCCUCCAUGGUCGAGACUGUUCAUUCGGCUUUUCCACAUAUCCCCGUCCCCAAUAUAGUAUAUCAUCUCUCUCGUACUAGGAGUGCGCAAGCGACCUCGGAAGAGAUCCUUGAAAGGGGCAUGCUUCCUCCGCCACCACCUACAUUCAAUAUCCCUGCUUCACUCAUUCCCACGGCGACGCCGCAACCGGCACUUACUCAUUCUUCUAGUAACACCAAUACUAAAGCUGCCAAUGCCAAAACUCAGAGUUUGAUCGAUCGGUAUAACCUUUCGUCUCGCUUACCUUCUCACAAAGGCAAGGAGAAGGCUGAGGGUGAAACUGCUCAGAUCGAUAACAAGUGGGAGGAGUCCAAGGAAAAGAGGGAGCUUGGAUUGAAGGAAAGGAAGGAGAAAAUGAUAUUGGAGGCUAGAAAGCGAAUGCUCGAGAAGCAAGCCAAAGAGCAAGCCACCAACUGAUUUUGACCUCAUCAGACACCGCUCAUUGUAUGCAUCUAUUAUUAUAGUUUAUUAACUAGCAACACCUUCAUUAUCGACACCCAUGAUCUUGUUCAUCAGUUUCAACCUUGGCCCCAGAGAAAGUAUGACGUCGUCCUCUACGUUGGCCACGGCGAACCUCAACCAUUUAUCCUGCCUCAGAGUUUCACCAUUUAAAAUAUCGUCCCACUGCUCGUCGUCCGCCAAGGGAGGCAUGAAAAAGCUCCCUGGGAGAGUAACAACGCCACAUCGGAGGGCGAGUACUCGAGCCACGUCUUCACUUCCCAACUUUUUUCUUUUCAGCCCUAAGAUGCUUGAGGCAUAGAUAUAGUCUUCGGGGAACUGGACAUAGGCGAAAAAUCCUCCUGAAGAAAUGACUUCCCAACCCGGUAUAGCAUUGACGGUGGUUUCAAACAGAUGGCGUCGAUGUGAGAGUUGCGAAGACGCGGCGAAAAGAUCGGGGCGAAGGCUUGGUAGAAGGGGGGUAAGAGCAAUUUGAGGUGGGCGAGGCGGACAGAUCUAUCAGAGAG